ACCAGCAGGCUAUGGCUGGAGGCGCUGGAUAUGGCCUAUGACUAUGGCUAUGGCUAUGGUUUCACGUACACUUCACAAGCAUGGCGGACUCUGAAGCGAAGUGCGGGUCGGAAACUUCAAAAUGUCCCGAAAAUGUGCAGACACCGUCUGACCAUUCCGAAUGUUCUUUUGCUGAUGCGGUAGAAAGCAAAGAACCCGACCAGGUGGCUGAAGAGGAUUCUGUCGAACCUGAUACUUCUCCUCCAGAUGCAUUGGAAGAUAAAAUGACUAAGGCCUCUGUUGAGGAAACUUUGCUCGAGCGAUUCCUCAACUCCACUCCACCACCACUGUCAUGUGAGGAUGUAGAAGGGGGAUGUGAGGGUACAGCUGACAUGCCUGAUGGGGCAGGAGAUACCUUCCUAGAUUUUGACAAGAGGGAUGACCCAAGGGAGGAUGAAUAUGAUGAUUCAGAGGAUGAUGAUGAAGAAGAUUGUGUUGAAGAGGAGAGACAACAGGGGGAUGGCCAGGAGAGUGUUGAGCCCACAGACGCUGCUGACAGAAUUCUAGAUUUUGACGAAGAUAAGCGGAAUCCACAGUAUAUUCCUAAAAAGGGAGCUUUCUACGAGCAUGAUGAUAGGGCAGUAGGUGGAGAGGAUGCCCCUCCUGGAGCAGAUCAAGCUAGCAACGAAGAUGACAAAGAUGGUCGACGCAAGAAGAAAUUGUGGCACGAUGAAGGAGUCUGGGGGCAUGACAUGUUUCGUGAAGAGGAACAAGCACCAAAGUCGAGGGAAGAGCUAAUCAACACCUAUGGUUACGAUAUACGGUCUGAAGGAAUGGCUCCCCGAGCUAGACGAAGGCGGCGCUACAGCCGCGGCCCCAACAAAUACACACGCAGCUGGCAGGAUGAGGAUGCCUAUGCACCUAAAGGAUCUUCAUCUUUCCAUGGCGGGCGCCGAGGUCGGGGCCGCAACCCGCCCUCGUUUGAGGAGGAAGACUUUCCAAAGCUUCCAGGUAGCUCCCCUGCUGAAGUGCAGAAGGAGACUGUGUCAGAGCCUGUGAAGACACUGACCUUUGAGAACUCUCAUUAUGGUGGUGAAGAACAGGACGAUAAGAAAGAAGUCAACGAACACCUGCCUGCCCACCAACGACAAGGAAGAGGCGAGUGGAGGUCAUUCAGGAAGUCCAACGCCAUGCAACAGCGAGAAAGUAGGCCCGUCCGUCAGCCACCUCGUAGGCCUCCUCAUGCAGCAGAUGAAGAUGACUGGGCACCAAAUGAACUGCCGAAGGACAGUGAUAACCUUCGAGGCCAUGAAGGUGGAAGGAGAGGAAGGAGGCAUGGAGAAAUCUCUGCCAGAGGCUCAGGAAGGGGUCGGGGUUGGAAUAAGCAGAGCAGUCGGAUGGAUGAAAUGGAACUUCUCGGGGAAGGCAUAGGAAAGAUGAAUGUUAAGUCGGAGGAUAUGCACAAUUCUGUGAGAGAUACAGCAGUAGUGGAUGCUGGUAUGAGAGAAGAACAUAGUCAGCUUAGAGGCGGCGGAGGGGAUACAUCAAAUAGACCCAAGCGUUAUUCGUCUCUUCGUCAGAGGCCUCCGGCAGAAGUCACCCCUUCAUCAUUUGCUCCACGCCCUGCCCAGUUCUAUGACGCUUCAUACCAACAACCACAGCAACAGCAAUACUCAGAGGCUACACCUGCGCCUGUCUCAAGUACUGGUCCACGACAGACGCCUGUGGGAAACCAGCCGCAGCCUACUCUUCUACCUCCAGGGCACUUUCCUGCUUAUGCAGCAUACCCUGAGGGUUUCAUUCUUCCGCCAGGCCAGCCUCCUGUUAUUGGUGCCACUCCUCCUCCUGUAAUGGCGCCAACGCAGCCUCCCGUACUGACACCUGCACCAGCUCCUGUGAUGGCACCUAAUCAGACACCCGUUAUCCCUGGUUCCUUUCUGCCACCUACAGGAAUCGUUGGCUUUACUGCACAAUAUGCAACAUACUCGUUCCCACCACAGUACAAUGCCACUACACCUCCAGCUCCUCCACCUCAAACCACUCAACCACAGGUAUGUCACGGGGGCAUUACUUACUACAACACGCAAAGCCAACAACACAAGCAGCGAUCCACUCCACCACGGCGGCCCAAGGCAGCCAUCCCUAUUGUGCCACCUCCUGCAUCUGCUGCACAGCAGGAUGAAGACAAGGAAUCUUUGGUGUCAUCAGUAGAAAAAGUUGAGGAGCACUAUGACAUAGCUCCAGUGGAAGCAUCUAGCCCAGCACCUGCACCACCCGUAGAAUCUUAGCAAUAACAGGUUGAUUGUUUGGGUGGGCGAAUGUGUUUGCUGUAUGCAUUAUAGAUAGGUGCUAUGCUCUUACUUUGACAUCAGUUGUGGAUGUUAAAGGAGUCUUAUGCUAGCAUUAACUAAAAGGUGAAAUGAAGAAAAGCUGUUGCAUUCAGUGAUUGAAACUGCUGGCUGCAAAAACGUGCACCUUCUUUGUACUACAUACCACUCUCUACUGUGCCUGGGGCAGCACUUGCACUGUGGCCUUUUAACUAACUUAUAGCCACAAUAUGAACCCCACAAUAUAACCACCAAUAUGAAGCCACAAUAUGAAAACUUGAUGGAAUAGCCAUAACAAAUAUUUACUGUUAAAUGUAUUUACAAAAAUUAUACUGUGUGCAUAUCUGCAAUAACUUUGUUGCGUUAACAUUGGAGAGUAGUUUUUCUUGAACCAAAAUUUUACAGUUUCUCUGGGCAUAUUCUAAGCUGCUGUUGGUUACAGGGCAUACCGGGAUGUGUUAUGCUGUCUUGUACAUAAGAUGUAAUCAAACAUUUUCGGGAAAAUGUUCACUAAUGUAAUACUACUAGGGUAAGUCUAUUUGCAAAAUACUGCCCUUGACAUCUUCAGAACUUCCUAGCCCUUCUCGCACAGGCAAGGUGCAAGAAAGUGCCACAAUGAUAAUAUUGUGCAUUUCCUCCAGUGUGCAAGAAUUUGUGAUUUGCAAACUUCGGUAGUGCAUUCAGGUGAAACUUAUGAGGUUUUGACAUUACCCUUAGAGUUAGUUUUCUACACCAGUUUUCUAUCUGCUUGCUUGUAUUGUUUGUGGUAUACGUAUACAUAGAUGCCGAUUUUGAUACAUCAUCAAAAUGCACAUUGUUGCAAAAUAGGCACAUAUAUAGGGUGUUUCAAAAAAUGUGUCAUUCGGACUUUAUAAAAAAACGGGGCGACGAAACAAUACGGGGUAAACGGCACUUGUGUGGCAUCUUUGCCAUCUUGCAAAAAUAUUUUCAUUUGAUUUUAAUUAAAAGAAAUCAAAUUUCUUUAAUUGAACCUCAAAAUUUCCCAAGUCAACCUCACGUUUUUUUUACAGAUUUUGAAGAUAUUUUUGCAAGAUGGCAAAUUCAGUUGCCACACAAGUGCCGUUUACCCCGUAUUUUUCCGUCGCCCUGUUUCUUUAUAAAGUCCGAAUGACACGUUUUUUUAAACACCCUGUAUAUACGUGAGGACUUACUGCUUGUGGUAGGAAUUAUUUGUGCCAUUUGCAUGAAUAGCAUUUCUGCUUUGAAAAUAUUGUACACAUAGAACAUGUGCAGGAUACAGUGUACUGUGCUGUGAGAACACCUGUAAUUCGUAAGUUACUUUUAUUGGUUACAGCUUUACACUGUCCAAAUGAAGUUUUUCAUAUGCAGGACUGUCAUAUCUCAUUUUUUGACAAAUACUUUGUGUUAUAUUUCUUGACCCUUCUGAAUGUAGAGUGAACCAUAAUUCAACAGCUAGUACUGUGUUGGAUGUUCUAGCUGUCUUAAAUUUCAACAAAUGCAAUGCACUUGUAUGGUGAUGCCUAUUUUUUCAUUAUUGUAAUUUAUUUUCAAGCUGCACAUUAGCUGUUCAAGCCAAGGCUUAGGACUGUUUCACACUAACGUUUUUCAUCGUCUGUGUUUUUCACGGAGCCAAAACUGACCCAUUGGAACCUGCGGGGCUGGAUUGCCCUUAGGUUCUAUUUAUGAAGCAAACGGACGACAAAAACAUUGUGAAGUGGGCCUUAGUGUCAUAACUUGGGCUGCCAAAAGUGGUGGCGUGCCCCCAAGAUGAGUUAGUUUUUUUUACAUAUAGGCGUAACCUUUUGUGCAGAUUCAGUGAAGAUUGUCUUCAGUGACUAAUUCUAUAAUUUUUCUCUGUUUCCAUGAUUGAUCAUGCUAGGCAGCUUUGCAUUGUCAUUAGUGUAUUGUUCAUGAAAUUCAUGAAAUUCUUUAUGCACUUCGGGGGAAAGUCUGCUGCACUUUUUCUUGCUAUUAGUUUCUGUCCAUUUGCAUGGGUUCACAUUCAAACAAAUUACAAAUCUACUUAGUACAAGUUAGACUACCUUAUGUUAUAUAGUUUUUGUAACAUGUAGCAAAUUGGAAGUAACAGACCCUGGUAGAUUGGUAUGGGAACUCAAAUUGUGUGAUGCAUCUCAGGUACCUUUGUACACAUCUUCACAAAUGCAUUUGAUAAUGCAGUAGACCAUCCCCUUCUUGUGGUACUUGGAAGAUUUUUUUUUCUUUUCAAAAUCCUACUCCACAAUAACCUGUUGUGCAAAGCUAUUGUUGUAUGUGAUCAAUUGAAUAAAAGUUGGUUGUACAUUGCAUAAAUGUCCACAUA